AUGAAACCAAUGAUUCUCCCGUACGUAGAUUCUGCACCACCAGGAGAGUUUUUACUUCAAGCAAGAGCCCUGGUGAAGAAAGAAGCAGUAGAUGAGGAUAAAGUAUAUAGUGAAAAAAUCCAGUCUUUGCAGGAUCAGCAGCGAAGUCAUAUGGAGGAAUAUAACUUAUUCUGGAGGGAGAUGCACACUGUGCAACGAGAGCUUCAUUCAUCUUUAGCAUCACAAAAUUCACUUAUUCUUUCUAAAAAGCGUUCUCGUUCAAUUGACACUACCGCAGACUGUGAAAUACUACGUUUUGAAGGAAUGUUAACGGAAUCACUUAGUUUGGAAUUGAUUUUACGUUUCUGGGAUGAUCGAUAUGGGAAUUGUACGUUUGCAAGAAUGGCAUUAGAGGCUCUACAGUCUACACAAGAAGCGUUACGCUUUACAAGAAGACGUAUAGAAGAAAUUAAUGCACUUCGUUUUUUGGAACAGCAACAGUGCGCAAAAGUGUUGUCUGACAAGAAGAAACUGGCAUCUAGGCGGCUUGAAAAGAUUAGCGCAUUAGAAAACCUUUUGUUUAAAAAUGAAAAGCGGUGUAAUUCUUCACUGCUAACUUCACUCGAUUAA